CGUUUUCGCGCUGUCGAAGGGCGCUUUUUUUAUCUCCCUAUUCGCGAAGCUUCCAACUCACACGUCAAGUAUACAAAGUGUGUCGAGGGUUUUAUGAACGUAGACGAGGUGGCUUUUUUUAUUUUCUUUUGGAUGAACACGUUGAGUUUGAUCAAAGUUGUAUUUCUUUGGCACUGAAGUUUCAGCUUCCUUCGCGUGAAGACCGGGCCACCACUUCCCGAUGGCAGGGGUUGCUGCAUUGUGCCUCCUGGCCAUUGUAUGGCACAGCAAUGGCUUCCAAGCUCUCCCCCUCGAACACCGUCACGACAGACGUCAGCCAUUCAGGGGUGACAACUACGUUUGGUAUGACGACCUCACCGGCCGCCCCAUACCUUGCUGGAGGUGCACGGCUGGGGAGUACGUGACCAUGCACUGCAAGGAAGGGGUGCCUGAGAGCACAGAGUGUGCCGCCUGCCCCAAAGGAACCUACACGGACAUGCCUAAUGGCCUGGAGAGGUGCCUCUUGUGCGCAACGUGCCACAACUUCGACCACCACUACAUGGAAGCCCCCUGCAAACCGUACAGCAACACAUUGUGCCGCUGUCAAGGGCGCAUGUAUAAGGAGGGAGACGUCUGUCUGCAUUGUGACCCUGGCUACGAAAGGAGAGAAUCCGUGGAUGGGGAACAUUGCCGCAAGUGUCCUACGGGAUCCUUCUCCUUCCCAUCUCGGGGCCAGGACACCUGCCAAUCGCACACCAACUGCAGUGCCUUGGGGAAGACAUUGCAGAGUGCUGGCACCCAUUCAUCUGAUGCCACCUGUGCACCUGUGCCUACAACUGCACCACCUGUCAACACGCCGCCGCCCAAGGAUAUGGGCACUGCGGGUGGACCCCACUCGCGCACAACUGACGCCGCAACUUCAGCCUCCCCCGCAAUCCAACAUUCUUCUUUGUCUGCAUAUGACCCUACCAAGCCAUCAGAUACUGGUCACGCAUCUCAAGGAAAUAUCAUUAUCGCCCUCAUGUCCGUCAUAUUACUCCUUCUGCUGGCAUGUCUGGUGUUGCAUUUUUCCGAAAGAAUCCGCAGAAGAAUAUUAACUGCUAUGCUAUCCAGAGAAGAAAAAGAUAUCUUUUUACAAGUAUCAGAACGUCUGGGCUCGGAUUGGAAGCGUUUGGCGCGAAACCUCGGAUACAUCACUGAAGUCGACAUUGAAACAAUAUCGAUGAGCCAUGAUUCCCUUAAGGACAAGACGUACAUGGUUCUCAUUAAAUGGAAGCAGAAUUCAGGAAAAAGUGCCACACUGAGAGAAUUGGCGAGAGCCCUAAACAGUAUGGACCGUAGAGACCUGGCUGAAUUAAUCUCAUCUACAAAUCAAAAUGAGAUUUCCAUGGGUUCGAGAGCUGUGCUGCUUUAGAAAAACUUCAAUACUGGCUUGCCCACUUGGAAUUAGUCUUGCUUCAAACGUGGGGUGUUGUACAUCUGACAGCUAACACAAUGGAUUGCUUUCAUCAAACGAAUGUGUGGUUUGGAGUACCACAUGAUUCCGGAAUGUGGACAAACAAUAUGAGCCGUGAUCUACAAGCCACAGUUAAAUAUAGGUAUGUGUGUGUGUGUCAAUGAUCAGCGUUGUUGCACACUCUGAUAACUGGCUCAACACUAAAUCACCCAUCUCUGGGUGCUCUAUAUCAUGUAGUGUCAGCUACUGCUCGUAGGUUUGGAGGUUGGAAAGUAAGGAGCUAAGAAGUCAGGUGCUGGAGUGAAAACGUGACUGAAUGUCCGCAUGAAGCAGGCCGCCGGGAGCUCUGACUCGACCAUAAAUGACACUGCCUCAUCACUGGGCCAACAGUGGCCGCCAACUGCCUGGUUUGUUGAAUCAGCACGGAGAGACCACAACUGUAUACGGCUUCAUCGAUUGAGACUUCAAGUCGAGUUUUUCUCCUUGGCCACGGGGUUUCCUUCCACUUGUACAGUAAAAAAUAAGUCUGCCAAGUUCAUUGCUUGCUAAAAUAUGAUUUCAUACACAUUAGACAGGACGGACAAGAUCAAAGAGCUUGCAUAAUGAACACGCUUAAUGUACAUUGACUCAGUAAUCCCCCCGCUGUGCGCAAGAGCGCAGAAGCGUGGUCACCACAUCUACGCCUCUAUAUGAGGAUCGAAACAGACUUCACUAAUCUGGCUGUCGCCUGAUGAAGCUCGUUGUAAUUACUGGCAAAACGUCACGGUACUAAGAUUGUAAAUGUUGUGGCUUCAGUUUUUUUUUUCAGUUUAAUUUAUUAGGAUUUACCCUGUGAGCCAUUUGGCUCUUGAUUUGGGUUCAACCGCUUGGCUCUCCAACACACUGGUGUGCUGUACUCGUGACGAAUUGGCAUGUUCUGUUUACGUGACAACCCUUACUAGUUGGCUGUGUCGGGUGGUGGCGGGUUUAAACGACACAUUGAUAUAUUUACGCGAUCUAACCCAAAAAACCUCAUGGAUAAAGUGAUAUCGCUCGGAAUAGACUAUGUAAUUUAUUUAAAUGUUAAAUCGUUUCCAUGUGGUGAUCAUCUAUUUCCGGUUUGCCUAUGACCAUUUUCAUAAUGUGCCCAAUAUACUCAGGUCUCAGAAGCUAAGCAAUGUUUGAGCCUGGGUAUUACAUGGAUGGGUUACCAUCAAACAAGACAGGUGUUACAGGUUGUUGCCGCGCUAUGUUGUGUGCAGCAGAGUGCAGUGCAGCAAUUUAUGUUUUGUACUGUACGGGCAGUCCCCGACUUACGAAUGGAUGUCGUUCGUAAAUGUAUUUGUCCGUAUCUUAGAACACACUCGUGUAAUGCAUUUUAUUGCACAUACGGUCAGCGUAAUAAAAUGUGUUACGGUUCAACAAAACAGGGAAGCUUUGUUAAACUUAUAAAUAUUGCAAAUAGGUAAUAAAGUAUCAAAUACCAUAUAGUAAAUAACAAUAUACAAUAAAGUAACGUGAAAAGAAAAUCCUGAUGCUGGCUUGCUUAUGCAGGAGAGAUGGAUGAUUAAUUGGAAGAAGAUUGAGAUGCAGGUGAGGAUAGAGAUGGGGAAUUUUCAGGAUAUUCUAGAGAUGUUGCUGAAGAGCUCGAUGGGACUGUUUCUGGCUGUCUUUGCAAUCUUCCUGAAACACCUAUCAAGGGAAACUUGGACAGAGGCCUCCUCCUUUUUGUUCAUAAAUUCCAAGCAACUCAGGCCAUCAUUGGCAACUCUACAGACAUUUUGGUGAAUUUAGAUGAGUUUGGGUCUUGUGCCUCAAUGAUGGCGAAGCCAGCUUCCAAAUCCCGCAAAGCUUCAACCAAUUGUUCGUGAAUAUCUCGAGUGACCUCAGCUUCAGCUUUAUUAGCAACCUUGUGUGCCUCCACUUCCACGAUAUCCUCAUUGGUUAGCUCUUGUAAGUGGGAGCUGAGUAACCGCUGAACAUCAUCAGCCUGAACUCAAGCUCAAGUUGAUUUACCAAUUCAAUUACUUUUGUCAGUCACUGUGUGCAUAGUGUCGUCAAACCUGCUUGUACUGUGUUCCAAAAUGUAUCCCUCCCCACCGCCUUCACCAACCUUCACUGACCAGCGUUAUGAAGUAUAGUUUAAUAACCACAAUUACCCGCAUGGGUCAUGAUUGCCAUGAGCCUUUAAAAAAUUCAACAUUCAUUUGGUGGGCACCAGUUUCUACAUAUGAGAAUUGUUAACAUCCCACACAUCGGUACUAUGUUAUUGACCCAGAGGAAUGAUGGGCCAAAUCAACCACUGAUGGGGGUUCAAACUCUAACCACACCCAGUGUUGGCAUAUCGCUAGAUGAUACAUUGGUCGAUAGCAGUGGUUGUUAACCUGUGGUGCACUGAUUGGUGCAGGGAGGCGCCCCAAAGAUCAUUGUUUAAGGCCAGGGAAUUAAACUGAUUUGGAGGAGAAAUUCAAACGUAAAAAGCGGGAUACGAGGAUUGACUGUCGGAGGAACUGUUGCCAAUCGGAUGAUGGGGAUUGAGCGAACCUUCGAGGAAAAGGGGGCUCGAGGGAUAUAAAAGUGGAUAGCACAAGGGGAAGGGAGGGUUGUAGAGAAGACGAAGCUCGGGCCUAAAGAACAGUGCUCGUGUGUACAACAAAGCCUCGUGGUAAAGCAAGAACGUGUGCCGGUCGUCGUCACACACACACACCACACCCCGGGUGUGCGAGAUGCCCUCUCCGGGGUUGCGAGACAUGGCCAGAUUUCUUUUUUAGAAGGCAAAUCGUCGACACAUUAAGCACGAGCGCAUAAGUACAACGAUUUUAUUUUAUCAAACCCUAUGUAUUUAUUAACAUGUGUUUUUACUUUCGAGAAGCUAAGGGGUACAAAGGCUGCAGUAAAGGUUAAGAACCACUGGUUUAUAGGGUCCAAUAUUAGUAUCGUGUGUAGCUUCAGUAUCAGUGUCUAUGUUGGCCUAUGAGACUGUGGUGAAAUCUAACCCCAUCAUAGGUUAUUAGCAUAUUCAUUCUGUACUGCACUGUCUCCCUUGGAGAUAUUUAGUCGAAAACUUGGAAAUACUCAAAUUCUAUAGAAAAUUCUCAAAUUAUGAAGCAUGUAUAGAUAUUAGCCUAUGGUAAACUAAGCAUGCAUCGAUAUUCAAAUUAUCAAUUUACAUUAAUGAUUACGUUCACGAUACAUUGAAUUGUGCAUUUAACCAUCUCUGGUUAACAAAUCUGGUAAAUUAUAUUCCAUUACCUUGAGCUAAAGGUGUCGACUAAACUGUAUGGAAAUGGUACAGAAGAAAGCAAGAAUGUAAUACAGUUGAGACGUGUGUGGAAAACCGACAUGUGGUCAUGUUAAAAGGUGCUGAGCUGUUUUCCUGGACUGAAUGGAUUCAUGGAGCUGGUGGAAAACUCAUACCUGUCAACCCCUUAUCAGCGCCUACCUUAUUACAGACCAAUUCAGACCAUAUUGGUCACCCCGUGGCCCUUUAAAUCUCAACGUUCAUCCUACAUAGUGCCAUCACAAGGGAGAAACACAAACCAAUAGACAAACAAUUUGUUUUGCCCGUACUGAAACGGCUGAAUGCCGUGUGGACGUGAAAGCUAAAUUUCCCUUUACAAAAAUACGGGUAAACCGUAUGGGUUGACAGGUAUGAAAAUUGUGUUUUACUGUUAUAAGACGAUGCUGAGUGUGAUCACCUUUGACUACAAACUUAGUGGGGUGCUGAAUAAGGAAAUAGACGACAUUUCAGGUGCGGGAUGAACAUAAAGCCUGAGAACAAAAUAAAAUUGCGAGUGAAUCAAGGUGUAUAGUACAACCACGUGUAAAACUGAGCAGUCUCAUAACUCAAAGCUGAAGAAAUAAGUCAAAAGUGGACGUUAAAGUGGUCUCAGAAUGUCAAAUGGGAAUGUGCUGGGACAUUUGUGGACCGUCUAAUUUCACUGAACUGUGGCGUUGCUCCUCUGCAUCGAAACAAAACUUCACCCAAACUUGAUUUGAAGCUUUCGCGACUGCGGGAAUAACCCUUUGGUUAUUUCGGUAAGGUCUACGUGACUUUACGGACAAAACCAAAGAGUAAAACUGCACCCCUCACCGUAUGAGAAUAGGUUUUCUCCUUGUUUUCUGGCAACAAAACAGCUGUGUUAAGAUGUUAAAACACCAAACUGAAUCAAUUUACAAGGAAUCAUGUCCGCAUUAACCACGAUGCUUGUGGUCAGAAUGCAAAUAAAAAACACCCUCUGAUAAUAUGUGGCGCUGUCUUUGAAACUGAUUGGUCCACACCAGAGACGGCUUUCUUUCGAGCCUAGUCUCCCCUCACCGUCGAUAUGCAGCAGCAUGCCCUACUCGUGCUGCUGCUAAACACUGUGGCAACUGAGGAGGCAGAAGUGAGACCCUUUUUUGGUUUGCCAGGAAGGGUACAACCGAUAUUUAUUUUUCAAAAAUUCAUACCCAGGCAGACGUGUUUUAGUCGCUGUAGGCCAGGGGUGUCAAACAUACGGCAUCGCAGGCCGGACGCGUUCCGCCACGACGUUCCAUUGUUAACGACUGAUAUUUAAUAUAUAUACUCCGUUGGUUCUUUCGGUAAAGUCACGUAGGUAGACGAGAAAAUAAUAGAUGACGACGUUUCGAUCGCAACAAGACGGUCGCUUGUUGUUGUUGUUUUUUUCUACCUACGUGACUUUACCGAAAGAACCAACGAGUAUGGAUUGCUGCGGUCACGAAAGCUUCAAAUCAAGAUUGAUAUUUAUAUAUAUUAAAGUAUUUCUAACCCCUCUCGAUGCCCCACACCUCGACAUCCAACACCCACCCCACUCUCUCCCCACCCCGCCUCCUGCCCUUCGCCUGAUUGCCUCACAAGUGACGGCGUCGCAGUUUGACCCCUCGAUCUAAGACCCAAACAGCAGGAUUCUGGCUUGUCGCGUGAUGAUGCUGGUUGCGAUUACCGGCGAAAUGCGAUGCUCGAAUUGUACACGUUGUGGGUUUUACUCUCCCAACACGCCGGUGUGCUGAACGGGUAACGAAUUUGAAUGUUUCGUUUACAUCACAAAUCUUACUCAUUGGCUGUGUCGGGUGAUGGCCGAUGUAACGAUGCAUUGAUAUUUUUUAUAUUCUUCGCGAACGUCUAUGCGUUAGACUGAGUGGGACAUCCCUGCUCUCGAAUGAUCAACGCUGCUGGUUUCUACUGUAUCAUGUUUGCUAAUUUUGCUGCUAUUGUGAAUGUUGAUGCUUUGUUUCUGUCUAAACCGAGACCGAUGUAACUGUCAGAGAGAUGACAUGCGUGGUCAUGUUUCAAGGGGCAGAGAUCCUUUCACGCUGUAUUUGGAGAAGCGAUUGGAAACGUGGCGUGUUGCUGGAAAUCCGUGUUUUAUGGUUCCGAUGUGUUUCGUUAAUUAGUUUUACAAGACCACCCUGAGUGAAUUGGGUGCUGAAUAAGGAAAUAGACUACGGACGUCAAAUGUGAAUUGAAUCGCAAAACCAACUCCACCCUCCACACCAAUUUCACGGGUGUGUUGGCUGUUUACGACAAAUAUUUAACGACUCUGUAAUCACUGAUACAGGACAUUAAUCGUAUGGUGGACUUUGUUAUUGAAAUGAAUACCAAUGCACUGUAUUUGCUCUCCAUACAUUGGUCAUGACUUUAUAACAGCGUUAAACAUUUAGGGCCAUAGAUUAAGAAUACAGACUGCCGUC